GUGUGACGAGCACGACGUCUGUCCAAUCAAGGACAAGCCAUUGUGAUUGGAUAUUGAGAUCACAUGUGCAUUCAAACAAGGAAGUCUUUGGCGGGUCAUGUAUUCAAGUGCUCAAGCAUUGUAAAACACGUUCGUCCCUUCUUAAACUUCCAGAUAAACCCCAAUGUUUAUAAUUUUUGUGUUUUUGGAAUAUUCAAUGCCCAAUGUAUGGGGGGGGAAUUAUUUAAGCGUCGCUAAGAGUGUCAGGUAAAGUAUGUUUAGCAGUCACAGAAAAGCCGAUGUGCGCACGCGCGCGCGGGCAAGUCGGGUAGAAGCGAACUGAAUGGCAGGGCGGCCGAAGCCGACGCACCACACAGCGGAAUGACAACUCGUCGGGAAUGGCGGACAAACCUCCGACGGUGUACUUGAAGCUGUUCACCGCUGGCUUUUACGCGCUCUGCUCGUUCCUCCUUGUCGUCGUGAACAAGAGUGUGCUCACCAACUACCGUUUCCCAUCGUCGAUAUGCGUCGGGAUUGGGCAAAUGUUGGCCACUGUGGUUGUCCUGUGGGUGGGCAAGGCUGCGAGGGUGAUCACCUUCCCAGACUUGGACGAAAAAAUACCUGGCAAGACAUUUCCUCUACCUCUCCUUUAUGUGGGAAAUCAACUUACUGGUCUGGGUGGAACCAAAAGGCUCAACUUACCAAUGUUUACCGUGCUCAGGAGGUUCUCCAUCUUGUUUACAAUGAUGGCGGAGGGGUUCCUGCUCAAGAAGAAAUUCUCCAAGUCGGUCCAGCUGACCGUAUUUACGAUGAUACUCGGGGCCUUCAUUGCGGCGAGCGCAGACAUGUCCUUUGACAUGCAAGGGUACGUCUUCAUCCUCCUUAACGACGUGCUCACAGCAGCGAAUGGCGCGUAUGUCAAGCAGAAAUUGGAAGCCAAGGAGCUGGGCAAAUAUGGAUUGCUAUACUACAAUGCAUUAUUUAUGAUCCUACCCACUGUGCUGUUGGCUCACGCGACCGGAGAUUUGCAGAAGGCCAUUGACUACGAUGGCUGGUCAGACAUACUCUUCCUCAUGCAGUUCUUCAUGUCCUGCGUUAUGGGGUUUGUCCUCAUGUACUCUGUCGUUUUGUGUACACAUUACAACUCUGCACUGACCACCACCAUCGUGGGUUGCCUCAAGAACGUCCUGGUGACAUACAUCGGAAUUAUAUUCCUUGGUGACUACAUCUUCUCUUGGACCAAUUUUAUCGGUUUGAACAUCAGCAUCGCGGCCAGCCUGGUGUAUUCUUUCAUCACACUGCGAGAGGAACAACCCAGCAAGGCCAGCGAAAGCACCAAAAUGGAGAUCAAGGGCAAGGUUGUUGUAUGACACUGGAUUCUUUUUGUUUUUUAUCAUUUUAAUGUUCUUGUAUUUCUUUUUAUUGUAUUUAUGCGCGGGCGAGGGGAACGAUGGUUAAAAAUCAUUGGACAACGUUACUUAUAGAUGGUCACGAUAUUUUUUUAAAUGACGGUAGUUUUGUAUUUUUAAUGUGUUGAAGGGAAAAAUAUUUAUGGAACUUUAUAGACAUUUUACAUACAAACACAUGAGCUGUUACUUUGACCUUCUAGCUGUUUACAAGGAAUGUAACAAGGAUGCCUUCAAUGUCAUGUCUUUUUCGGUGCGCUCUACCUUAUUUUUGCACAUGCACUGUUACAACAUUUGGGAGAGGGUGGAAAAAGUAGUGUACUUUAUGCUCGGGUAGUGCUACAGAAAUUCUUUUGUUACACGUUAGUGCACUUAACUGGGCGACCAACUCUGUACGCCAAUGAGAGUUUUGUACUUUAUGGGUUAGCUACAAUUUUUAUGUCUGGUAUGAGUGUUUUUUUUUUUUUUAAUUCAUUAUGGCUAAAAAAAAUAAUUGAGUCAAACAGUAAAUGUGGCGUUUUUUACAUAGUUUUUUUUCUACCAAGAGAAAAUUAUCAAUGUUUUGUUCCUACCAUCGAAUUAAAAGAUGAGCCAAUUGCUCUUUCCAGGUU